GUGAAAAGCAUGGGACAAGCGAUGGGCGGAGCAAAGUGCAUAGAGUGACUCGUUCUGUUGCAUUUCCUCGCCUUCCUCGGUUCCUCCUCUUCCCACUCUCUCCCCUCAGGUAGGAGCUCUGAUCAAUGAAUCAUUGCACAUCGGUCUGAGCUCUGUCGAUUCCUUCGCUAAUUGCCGCGUUCUCGAUUGUCGUCAUUUAUUUUUUCAACACUGGCAAUAGUCUACUCCUCGUAUAGCCUAGGAUCCACAUUUGCGAAGCAAGAACUCAUGUGGUCGAACUUAUAGUCUUCUCUCUAACCGUCCGGUUGUUCGUCUGCAAUCAAAUUUUCUUGUUACAUACGUCUUCGUCCCUUGUUCUGAUCGAUUGAAUGAUACAAGAACCCUAACACCAUGGCGCCAACAUCCUACCCUAUGGCCCUGGCCUCUCUGAUCUUACUCCCCUUCGAUAUCAUCUCUACAAUCUUGCGCUUCCGGAUACGCGCUCAAAGAAAGGCAUGGGGAGCUGAUGACUGGGCAAUGCUGGUCAACAUUCCGUUUUGGCUCGUGAGUACGGUAGCCACGCUUGGGAUGGCAUGGAGCGGCGUAGGAGCUUACGAUGCCACGCUGAGUGCAGAGCAGAAAGCCAAUUCAAUGCUAUGGUUUUACGUCUUCCAAGAGCCGUGGUGCUUCACCCUCAUUACAAUCAAGUGGUCCAUCGGCUUUGCACUGAUCCGAAUCGCGAAUGGCAUGAAGUGGAUUGAAUACGUCAUCUACACGUGUCUGGCUGUUACGUUAGUUGUAAUGGGAGGCACAGGGAUGUAUUUGUUCUUUCAGUGUAUGCCUAUUGAGAAGAACUGGCACACAGCCGUACCAGGUACUUGCCAGGAUCGUAGCAUCCAGACUGUUCUGUCUUAUGCCGUGGCUGCUGUGUCAAUAUCUACGGAUUGGGUCUUUGCUAUCCUCCCAAUCUUUCUGCUUUGGAAUAUCCAGCUUGACCCACGUGUCAAGGCCUCAGUCGUCGGCUUGCUUGGUUUGGGCAUUUUUGCAUCGAUUGCCCCCAUUGUUCGCCUGAAGUUCCUCAUUGGAAUGAAUGACCAAUCGCGCUUUCUGCAAAACCUCAGCUCAAUCUUGGCAUGGGCCACCGCCGAAAUGAAUGUCGGCAUGCUUGUUGCAAAUCUCCCCGCAUGUCGUCCACUUCUCGAGCGAGCCAUCCAUCGCUUCUCAUCUUGGACCGGCAGCGCAUCACGUUCACUCCCGCAUAGCGGUAAACCUGGAGCAACAGCAGGUACGGGCAGGAACUAUCUUGAACUAGACGAACGCCCAGAGAGCAAGAAUCUCAAGAGCUACCUGAGCAGCCAUGGAACCAAGGGCGGCCCGGGAAUCGAGACGAGGAUAUACGGCCGAGAGUUUGAUGCGGACAGUAGCCUGAGUCUUGAUCGAGAUGAAGGGAGUCAAAAGCACAUGGUCGGAAAGUCCAGUCUGGGUGGAAUGCAGGUCAAUGUGCAAAGAGACUUUACCAUGGAGGUUAAUGAUGGUAACCACGAUGGUGUCAUGGAGGGCCAAGCGAUAUCAAAGACUCAUGGGAUAGUAUAGCUUAGUACAUGUAAUUGAAAUUUUAAUUGAAUACUGU